AUGGGUUUGCUGCGGUACGCAGCCUUUUUCGGCGUUUCCGCCAUUUUGAUUCGUUAUGCUAUGAACCUGCUUUAUUCGAAACAUCCAGUUCAUGUCGAAGGAGAAGUUGACAGCAAGUUCGAGGGCGUUCGGAAAGCUUUUGAAUCACUUAUAGUAGCUUGUUUGAGGCAAAAUUUCAUAGAUGGAUGGGAAGCGGAAGGGGCUUCAUUAGCAGUGUUUGUGAAAGGACGAAAAGUUGUUGAUUUAUGGGGCGGGUAUGCCGAUGACACACUGAGUGUUGUGUUCUCUACAACGAAAGCAGUAGCAGCACUUUGCAUAGCGCUUCUAGCAGAUCGUGGAAGACUUAAAUACGAGGAUCUUGUAUCCAAGUACUGGCCGGGAUUUGCCAAAAAUGGAAAGGGGAACAUCACUAUCGAGUGGGUGAUGUCCCAUAUGGCAGGGCUUCACUACUUUGACACACCAGUCACGGAAGAAAUGGCGAGGGAUCACAAUCUGAUGAGAAAAAUCAUUGAAGACGAGACACCUAAAGUACCUCCCGGAACUGCCAGCGGAUACCACACGUACACUUAUGGUUGGCUAGUGGAUCAAAUCAUAAGGCAUACAGAUGAGAAGAAACGCAUUGAUUUCCACAUUGGCUUAGAUCUCGCGGAGGAAUACCGUAUGGCUCGAGUAACCCCGCUUCCUGUUAUGGAAGUGAUAAGAGAGAUUAUCAGAAAUCCACCGCUUGGCAUUAUCAUAUACAACAUAUUGACAGCUAACAAGAAUAGCCCAUUUGCGCGCUCUAUCGCCAACCCAUCAUGGGCGGAUAUGGUCUCAAAA